AUGAGGACGCCGCCGGAGGCAUGGGCCGUCAAUGUCUUCAGUUGCACCCUCCUAAUCGUCGGUCUUGUCAUCAGUACAGGAAUUUUCUCGACGCCGUCCUCCAUGCUGGGCUCCGUCGGGUCCGUUGGCGCUUCACUAUGCCUGUGGGUCCUUGGCUUCGUCAUCUCGUUCUUCGGCCUCUUCAUCUGGCUUGAGCUCGGUACGAUGUUCCCGCGCAGCGGUGGAGAGAAAAAUUACCUCGAGGCCGCAUUCCCGCGCCCGAGGCACCUUAUGACUGUGGUGUUUGCCACCCAGGUCAUCCUGCUUGGUUUCAGUGCCUCGAACAGCAUCGUCUUUGCUGAGAACCGGGCGUUGGACCUCACGUGGGAUCAGCCUUGGCGGUAUAUUGGGUUCAGUCUUGUCAUCAAGGAUCUUUCCGACCACGGUAUUAUGCCUCGUUUUGGAGUGCUCGUCAUGAACAUUGUUAUCUUGAUUUUCGUCGCUGCCAGUGGCUGGGCCGUCCUCGCCAGACACACGAAGGUCACGGACCCUCACAUCAAAUUCCGAAACGCCUUCGCAGGUUGCUCUCAUAGUAGCAACGAUUACGCCACUGCGCUCUUUAAGAUUCUCUUCGCCUAUGCGGGCUGGACGAACCUCAACUACGUCCUGAAUAACGUCAAGAACCCGAUCCGCACGCUCAAGAUUGCAGGUCCGCUAGGCCUCGGCAUCUGCGCCUUCUUCUACCUUUUGGCGAACAUCGCCUAUUUCGCUGCCGCGAGCAUGGAGGAAAUCCUCAAUAGUGGUGUCACCGUCGCGUCGCUCUUCUUCGGCAAGGUCUUCGGCUCUCAGGCACAAAAGGCCCUCACCGUUCUCGUCGCGCUCAGCGCUCUCGGCAACGUGCUGUCGGUCACAUUCUCGUGUUGCCGUACCAAUCAGGAGCUGGCGAAGGAGGGUAUCGCUCUUUCGUUCGGUAACCGCUUCUGGGCGUCGAACUGGCCGACGAACAAGACACCCUUUCCGGGUCUCAUUCUAUAUCUCAUUCCUUCGGCUGUUAUCAUGAUUGCCCCUCCGCCCAACGUUGCUUACCCCUUCAUCCUAGAUUUAGAGGGCUACCCCAUCCAAAUUAUCAACACCCUGAUCGUCUUCGCAUUAUUCUGGCUGCGCUGGAAAAUGCCCGACGUCACCCAACCUUUCAAAGUCUUUCUGCCUUUCGCAUUUAUCUUCUUAGCUCCCUGCAUCUUCCGUAAGUUCGGGUCCAUUUUCCCAUCGCGAUGUUAUGUCUUAUCGCGGCUAACACUGCCUGUUGCGCCUUUCAUCCGCCCCGCCAACGGCGUCGGUGAUACUCCGCCCAUCCCGUACUAUAUGUACGCUGCUGUCACCGGCUGGGCCUUGAUGGCCUUCGCCGCAUGGUACUGGGCUAUGUGA